GUCUUUUGGAGUCGUACUUUGGGAGAUCAGCACUCUAGCAGAGCAGCCUUACCAGGGUUUGUCCAAUGAGCAGGUCCUGAAGUUUGUCAUGGAUGGAGGAUACCUGGACCGACCAGACAAUUGUCCUGAGAGAAUCCACAGCCUGAUGCAGAUGUGCUGGCAGUACAAUCCUAAGAUGCGCCCAACGUUCCUGGAGAUCGUGGAGAUGCUGCGGGACGACCUGCACCCAUCCUUCCAGGAGGUCUCCUUCUUCUACAGCGAAGAGAACAAAGUCCCCGAGACGGAGGACUUCGACCUGGACCUGGACAACAUGGAGAGCAUCCCUCUGGACCCUUCCUCUUACUCCCAGAGAGAGGAGAGCUUAGGCAGGGACAGCGGGCCCUCGGUGGCCCUGAGGGGGAACUACGAGGAGCACGUUCCCUACACGCACAUGAACGGUGGCAAGAAAAAUGGGAGGAUCUUAUCGUUGCCCAGAUCCAGUCCUUCCUAACAUUUCCUGUUAAAUGACUCGUUUCUCUCCUUUUUUCUCUCUUCCAGUCCAGUCGUUCUCCUGUCGCCUUCAUGUUUUAAUGAUUGUUGUUCUCAGAGAAAGAAAAAAAAGACACAAAUCUCAGGAUUUUUAAUUUUCUUCCUCGUGGCUGCCCGGACACUGGCUAGCAAGGGAUGCAAAAGCUUUUUUUUUUUUUUGAACUUGCUUUACGACACAUCAGACUUUAUAUGAUCAGAAUCUGUUCUGACAGGCGGCCAUGUUUCCUGGACUUCUUGUGAUGGGGAAACAAAAAGAAAACACAAACUGUGAACACAACAGACUCUAAAGCCAACCAAAAAGGCUGCUCAGACUCAUCUCCUCCUUCCUCUUCCACCAAUCUGCAUUUCCACAUUUCACYAUUUCUCUUCCCCCACCCCCCUUUUUUUUCUCUAAAAUGUUUUUAUUCAGAUAGUGGCCUUUUUAUCCGUGGCCUAUCGCUCAAACUUGUUCCUUUUCUACUCAGAUCAGUGGGAUGAUGAAAGGACUCACUCUUUGAUUUGGUUCUGCAGAAUUCCAAACUACCCACAGAAUCAUCUGGUAUUUGAUAAACAGAUUUAAUUUAUUGGCUUUAUUUCCACCCCCCUUCCUUUUGUUUAUUAUUUCUGUCUUCACUAUGUGGCUGAAGGAUAUUUAAAGGUAUAAAUUGGACAAAAAGAGUUCGUCAGACUGACCAAUAGCUGCUGCUUUGAUAUAUUUUUAGUAGAAAUACAUAAAUUUAUAUAAUAUAAAUAGUAUAUAUGAAAUAUUGGUGCUUCACAACCAAUAUUUCAUAUAUAAUAUACUGUAUGACGUUGAUGUUUUUGUAAAUACUGUUGUUCAUAUUUGUAAUAUUUUUCAUUAGAGGCUUUAUUGGUGUUUUAUUUGAUCAAGUUUUGUUUUUAUUUUGUAGCCCCAGGAAUCACACUAAUCUGGCGUCUCUAAGUCUCAGACCUCCAGCUUCCCUUUAGUUCCUCGCUGCAUCUGGAUCAGAAAGAAACCUCUUUAAACUCUCGUUGUUUUCAGUUUAUUCACACUCACAGUACUUGGAGGCAACGUCCCUGCUGCAAGAACGGAAAAACGAAAGAAAAUCAGUGAUUCAAAGCAAGCUAAGAGCCUUUUUCAGGUUGUAGUUUUUAAUCUGCUGUUUUUCUCUGGUCAGAUUGUGAUGGAAUCGAUGUAUUUGUGAUCUCGCAGGCUAGUUGCUGUCUGGAAACAAAUAGUUUGUGUCAGUGGCAGUGGAAGGAGUUAAUCCUGUUUUUCUCUCUGCGGCGGUCAGAACACAGCGUGCAGCAGCUGUCAGGUUUAGUCAGAACCCUGUGGUGUUUGUAGCUUUUAACACACCUCAAUGCUUUUUCUUAUCUGUGGAUGCUGAAGGUUUGUAAUGCACAAAGGUCUGUGAAUGUUCUUAAUGUGGUUGUGUUCUUUGAGCGCCACGAGUUCAUAUUUGUUCAGAAAACACCUGAUUUGGCAAAUCAUGAAUCAGCAACAAUUUAACUUAGUUUCUUUCUUUGUCUCUCGUACGUAUGGAGACCAUCUGGUGACAUUAGAUAAAAAWUGAUGAUAAUGCGUGGCCAGAGGUGGGCACAGCUGACCAACAAGUUAGGUUCACUAAGCACUUUACAGCUGCACAAGAAUCUUAGCUCUGCUAACGCUAAACAGAUCAUAACAUUAGUGGGAGCUAAUGCUAACUGCUAAGACAGCUGCCCCUCAGCCUGUGUCACGUGACACCAAAGGCGUAACUUUAGGUCUAUCAUUGGGGAGAUUAUGCUCCAAAACCCUGCAUGUCAUGUUCAGCAAUUAUGCUUAAACGUACAAAUAUGACAUCGUAAAUUUUUAAAUCAGGCAAAUUACAUGUGUCUAUUUAACCAGUUCAUUUCUAUUGUGUUUGAGCAAAUGAUGACAUUUUAUUGGUGUGGGGMMGMGGGGGGGGGUGUUGAUUGGAUUAAAUGAUUGUGGGGGUCAUACCCCCCCUGCAAAUUAUGUCAAUGCGUAACACGUUCUGUACUACUUGUAAGAGGGGCUGGUUUUAAUGUAAUUUGAGAUAAAAUAACAUAAAAAUAGAAGUGAACACAGAACUUGUGAAUUUUAAUGGACUCAAAAUUAGCAGAACCUAAUUUAGCAGAAGCUAGUUGGUCCACUAACUGUUUCUAAAGUUAGCAAGAGAGCUAAUCCACUAAAUGAGAAGCUAGUUCCGCUGUUAGUGAAUUAGCAGGAGUGUGCCCACCACUGUAUACACAGAAUGUGUGUGUGUGUAAAUAUACACAUAUGUGUGUGUAGAAAAAAAACACCGUAAUCAUAUAAUCUGAUUUCCACAAUGUCUGUGUUUCUCAAAGACUUUUUCUUAUUUCAGUUACAAAAUCAUCUCGUGGCCACGCAUUUUUUUUUUUUUUCACUGUCACUGGACCGGCUCCUGACAUUUGGACAGUGAGGUUGCCAAUCUAAAUGAAUAUUUCCAGGAAAGCCAAAGUGUUUUCAACAAACGGACUAAAGUCAGAAAUAAAGUGUUACCUGCGCCUUUUCAGACCUGACAUAAGGUACAGGAGCUGGCCUCAGUGUCGGCCUGCUUUGAUUUUAUUACAUCUCAGAAGAACUGAAGGCUUCAGAUCGUCGCCAAAAGCUUUUGUUUUUGUUGUUGCAGCUGCUUGUCGUCAGGUUUAGACACUCAGUUGAUUUAACAGAUUUAAAUAAAAUCUCAAGCAUAGA